AUGGGAGGAGAGAAGAAGGGAUUGUUAGGAAUGUUGAAAGGAGGAAAUGGUGGGAAGUUGGGAAUGGAUGGGAAAGGAAAUGGAGGUAGUGGUGGGAAAUUAGGAAUCUCAACUGGCGGUGUGAAUGGGUUUUGUGGAAAUGGAAAUGGGGGAGGUAGAAAUGGAAUAUUUCCUGGAAUUUGUGGUGUAAAUGGUAGUUGGGGAAUUGGUAAUGGGGGUGUAUAUGGAAAAUUUCCAGGAGUUUGUGGUGUUAAUGGAAUUUCAGGAAUAGGUGGUGGAUUCUUCAUCUCAUCCAACUCUAUCUUAACUUUUGCAGGCUGCUCCUCCAUCAUCACCUUUCCAAUUUCAGCAGUCUCCUCUUGGGUUGGUUUUGGUGUCUCGGACUGUAAGCGACGUGCUUGA